GUUCAUCGCGCCACAAUUUGUUACUUACUUACCUAUGACCCCCAAAGAAGUUCUAAGUAUGUCCCUAACUGUCUCAGAUUGAGCCCGUGAGAAUCAUCACUUAUCUCCUUGAUUCCCGACUUUAAGUACACAAUUAUUCUCUACUUUGACGUCAACAAAACUACAAUCAUCAAGAUAGCACGCACAUCCAUCCGUUCAUUUGCCAAUGCCAUCAAGAUCGUGUAACUAACAUCUGUCCCAUUCUGAGUGGUCAUGUUAUAAUGAAUCGUGAUGCAUCGUUCAGUAGUGACUCUACUUAUCCUGAUCCUGGUUCAGUUGAUCCUGGCCGUGGAUCUGUCCCAAAUCAACAGGCAAAAACGUUUCAAAUCCACCUCGGUGAACCUCGAUCUGUCUGAUCAAAUGCCCGAUAGCACCAAAAUGGUCCUUGAGGAACAUCGGUCCCAAUAUGACAAUGAUCCGUACGCGGAAGACACUUUCCCCGAUAUUCCCAUUUACAUCCCCGACGACUUCAUCGAAGACGAGUUUCCUUUGAAUACAACGGAUUGUCGAGUGAUGAACCUGAACAGUUCCAUGGUCACUUGCGAUGCUCCUUACUGGACUGAAAUCCGGACCGAAGAGUUUCCAGACACCAUUGCUUACCUGCAGGUUAAUGGGACCAACAUUACGCAUUUUGGACCACGCAUGUUGGCUGGCAAAAAUGUCCUUUAUCUUGAUCUUGUGAACCAUCAUAUUGAGAGCAUCGACGUUGAAGCAUUUGUGGGUUUGAGCGAUACCCAAGUGAUUCGUAUCAAGGACAGUGAUUGGUCCAAUGUUACGGAUAGUCCAGACCACUCGUUCCUCAGCUUAUUCCAUCACAAUCCGGAGUUGACUCAGAUCAUUCUCGAGAACAACAAUCUUAUCAUCGAGAAUGUGGAUAUCGACAUCAAGAAUAACAGAACAUUCCUACCCAACUUGUACUAUUUGAGCUUGAAGAAGAACCCGUUGAUUCGGAUUGAGGACUACUUCUUCUGGAAUCUCAGAGAUUCGAAUCUAACUCAUUUGAACCUGCAUUCCUGUGAUUUGAGGUCCCUUGGUGGGAAGGCGUUUGCCCACUUGAACCAACUCCAACACGUGGACUUCUAUAACAACAAGCUCCUGGUGUUACCACAGUUCACCUUGCCGUUGGCCUUUGCCAAUAUGAAUAUGGAAAGCUUCAACAACCUGGGGUUGGGCAACGUUGGGUUGUACAUUCUUCCAAGCUUGAUUACAUACUCGGUGAGGAAAGGCUUGUCAAGGCUUAAUCUCUCCGAGAACUUUCUCCCCGAUUUGGGUGCAGUGGCGUCUGCCUUUUCUGGUGAUGCCUUUCCAGUUAUGGAGAAGAUGCGCGAAGUCGUUUUAAUCGCGACCACGACCACCGACGUGGAUCAACGGACUUUCGAGCAUUUACCGAACCUUGAGAAACUUGACCUACGAUACAAUGAACUCAUGACUAUUCAAAUGGGGUUCUUGCAUCCGAACUUGACAGAACUGGACAUUUCUUACCAGUGUAUGAUGUCUGGACACAAAUGUAAGCCCACCGUUGAGCAUGGAAACGUGUACUUCACGCUCAAUCCUCACAUGUUCAACCACAAAAUGGGAAAGCUAAAAACGUUAAGGAUGAGUGGCUUGCAAAUGGAACAGAUGAACAAUGAGUCUUUGGUGGGUCUCCACGGACUCGAACAUUUGGACUUGGAUAAUUCAAAUUUGAUUUCCAUUGAACCUGGAAUAUUUAGGGCCACUCCAAACUUAAAGACCCUAGAUCUGUCUUGGAAUAGGGACUUGGUCAAGUUGACACCAGAGACGUUCAGCGGGUUGGAUAACUUGGAGAUCCUGGAUCUGUCCUAUUCUUCCCACGCUUUCAAUACCAUUCGUCCAAAUUUCUCGAACAGUCUAAAGAACGGGCUAAGCACAAUUGCUGAUCUCAAACACGUCAAGGAGCUCCAUCUUGCCUGUGCUUUGAAUGGAGAUUGUAAAGGUGAAUACCAAUACGAAUGGCCGCUGGAUACGUCCCUUUUGGAGGAUUUCUGGAAUCUGGAGGUGCUGGAUUUGUCCGAGAAUGCUCUGACCAGUUGGACAGGGGAGCUCUUUGUUAGCAACAAGAAGCUAAGAUCGCUCAACUUGGCUCGGAACAGUUUCGUAUUCAUCACUGAAGGAAUGAUCAAUUCUUUCAAGCAAUUGGAAUGGCUGGACUUUUCCGGCAAUCCCAUCACGUGUGACAAGCGUGUCAUUGAUUUCCACAAUAUGGUCCAAAGCCUCCCUGAACUCCGGGUCAACAAGUACAAGGGUGGAUAUGGUUACACUUGCACCUUGACUGAUCGCGAGUUUGAAACUAAGACUUUCAAGAGUUACGUCCAAUGGGCGGAACAACAAGAUCAGAAUAUGACCAUGGAAACCGUCCUCGGCAGCAUGGCUUGCUUCGUGGUUGCUAUGCUGAUAUCUACGGGGGUUGUUUAUCACAAACGGUACCAAUUGAUGUACUUCUACCUGAAAACACGCAAGAAGUUGAAAGAGAGCCGUGAUCCCGAGCUCGAAUAUGAGUUUGACGUGUUUGUCUCCUAUUGCAAGGAAGAGCAGAAAUGGGUCUUGGAGGACUUGGUGCCCAAUCUAGAAGGGGGAUCUCCGCCCUUGAAGGUCUGCAUCCACGAUAAACAUUUCCAAGUUGGUCACACUGUCAUCGAGAACAUAGCUGAGUGUAUCGACAAAAGUAGGGCCUUCAUGAUCGUCCUUUCCAAUGGGUUCGUCCAAAGUAAAUGGUGUGAAUUCGAGGCCAGAUUGGCUCAAACAAGGAUGCUUCAUCAAAAGGGCAACCUGAUCGUGGUGGUUAAGGAACGCCCCAAAUCGGAGGAUCUUAACCGAAGUCUCAAGUUCAUUUUGAGCACUUGGACCUACGCCCGAUGGCCCAGUGGUAAAGAUGUUAGUGACUCCAAAGUCCAGGAUUUCUAUCAAAAGCUCAGAUUGAGCGUCUACAAGGCCGUCAACGCGUCGGAUUCAGAGUAUUCGGCAAGCCCUUCAGUAUCGAAUCGUUCGAUGUCCUACUUGUGGCCUAGCUGAGAUCAUUGGAAAUUCAUUGGAAACCAGAAUUUUGGAAAGCGAAUCUCGAGUUCAUGACAAUCUUGUCAUUUUAAUUUUCUAUGUGGUCACUCUGUUGGAAAUGGCAUUGGUUUACUUUUAUUGCCGUAAUCGAAUUUAUCAAAAUAUUAUGUAAAAAAAACGGAUACUACGGUAUGUUGUGAGUCACCAAAAAAACAAAGACUUGUUGCUGCAUACUCCGAGAGAUAUGAUGCCUUGUGUCUAUGUUAUCAUGGAGAUAAAUGUAUUCCGACGAGACCCAAGUAAACUUCAACAGCGUACAAAUUGAAGCUCAGUUAAGAAGGUUGUGAGUAAAUAAAGUGGGCCUGACCUUUUCAAA